UCUCCGCUCUUCUCUCACUAGUGACACUGGCCGCUCCGGGAAAGUUUCUCAUCUGGAGUGUCAGGGGCCACACAGAAACUCUUAGGGGCCACAGUGUGUAGCCAAGGGCCGGUCCUUACAGCCUGGGCGCACACCUGAAUCCAGGGGCAGCAGAGCAUCUCUUACAAGGGCCACCUUCUGCAGCCAGGAACUACAGAACCCUCCAGGGGCCACAACACAUCUCAGGGGCCAGUCACUGCAAUCGGGGGGCCACACCUGCAGCCAGGGGCCACACUUUGCAGCUGGGCACCCGUGCAUACAUUUAUGGGAACACAUUUAUAGCCAGGAACCACAGAUCACCUUUCAGGGGCCACAGAAGGGCUGUCAGGGGCCAAUUCCAUCGCAGGAGAGUGACUUGGACUUGUGUCUGUGGUAUGACCCCCGGAGCCCGGUGACCCGAGGGUGACAAGGAGAUUACUUUUGUCCUGGGAUCCUGUGCUGGACAUGCAGGCACGUCCGAGUAGCCGGGGAUCCACGGAGCGGCGCUGUCCGGGGGGUAGCAUGAGGGGGAGCCUGCUGCUUCUCACAGCCCUCCUGCCCCUGGUGGGGACCAACUCCUGGUGGUCACUGGCCUUAAACCCAGUACAGAGGCCUGAAUUGUACAUCAUUGGCGCACAGCCGCUGUGCAGUCAGCUGACUGGACUAUCCCCUGGGCAGAGGAAGUUGUGCCAGCUUUAUCAGGACCACAUGGUGUACAUCGGCGAAGGGGCCAAGACGGGCAUCAAGGAAUGCCAGUCCCAGUUCAAGCAACGACGCUGGAAUUGCAGCACGGUGGAUAAUACAUCAGUGUUCGGCCGGGUCAUGCAGAUUGGAAGCAGAGAGGCCGCCUUCACCUAUGCCAUCAGCGCAGCGGGAGUGGUGAAUGCCAUCAGCCGUGCCUGCCGAGAGGGGGAGCUGGCGACUUGUGGCUGCAGCAGGACUGCACGUCCCAAAGACUUGCCCCGAGACUGGCUGUGGGGUGGCUGUGGGGACAAUGUGGAUUAUGGCUACAGGUUCGCCAAAGAGUUUGUGGAUGCUCGAGAGAGAGAGAAAAAUUACCCCAAAGGGUCUGAAGAGCAAUCGCGGGCAUUAAUGAAUCUGCAAAACAAUGAGGCAGGACGCAGGGCUGUGUAUAAGUUGGCUGAUGUGGCCUGCAAGUGUCAUGGCGUUUCGGGUUCCUGUAGCCUGAAAACCUGUUGGCUACAGUUGGCUGACUUCCGCAAGGUGGGCGAAUAUCUGAAGGAGAAAUAUGACAGCGCAGCAGCCAUGAGACUAAACAAGCGCAGCAAAUUGGAACAGGUCAAUCAGCGCUUUAAUGCUCCCACUGCGGACGAUCUCGUCUAUCUAGACACCAGCCCGGACUAUUGCCUGCGCAACGAGACCACGGGCUCCCUUGGCACGCAGGGUCGGCUCUGCAACAAGACCUCAGAGGGUAUGGAUGGGUGUGAACUGAUGUGCUGCGGGCGAGGUUACGACCAGUUCAAGACGGUGCAGGUCGAGCGUUGCCACUGCAAGUUCCACUGGUGCUGCUUCGUCAAAUGCAAGAAAUGCACGGAAAUUGUAGACCAGUAUGUGUGCAAAUAACACAGCGCUUGCAAGCGACUUGUGCUUCUCUGUGCUGCUCCUAAGCCACCCUUCCCCACAACAACCACGCUCCGCCGUGCCAGCAUCUCCUUCCCCAGCACAAAAACAGAGGCAGAUAUAUAUGUAUAGAGUAUAAAAGUAAAUAUAUAUAUGUAGAUAUAUAUUUUUAUAUGUGUAUAAAGGAAAGGAACUACAUGAAAAGGACUUUGAUUAUGAGGGAUGGACAACACACAGCGGCAAUCUUGAAGGACAUCGCACAUGCGAUAAUGGAGACCAUUGGCUGUCCACAGCUGAUAAAGUGGAAGAGUCUGGAAUCCACGAGGAGUGACUGGGUCGGCUCAGGGAGACAUGAGGUUGGCCAUCAUGAUAUUUCCCUUACCAGCACUUGUCUUGGAGAUUGAUCCAAAAGAGAAAAGGACCCAAAAACCCAAUAGAUCUAUCUCUUUGGGGGCUCAACAGACUGAUCCACCCAUCCCAAAGAACUGAUUGGCCAGUAGGUCACAACGAUCAGCAAAUGGGAUGCAUCUUUUAACCCAAAAAAGGGAAAAGGUCAACUGAUUGAACGCUUUAUUGUGGAUUGAAAUCCCCUCUAUUGGGGCUCAUUUCCAUGCCCUGUUGGUGGAAACCAUAAGCCGCCUUCCAUCGUUGUAGAAGCUGUUCUAAACUGUUGCACUAUACAUUGAUGUGGAGUAUUUGUACACGCAUUUAUUUCAACUGAUUUCAACACUUUCAAAUAUUUCUGCAGCAAGCAUCAUCUAUCGAUAAAUGUACCUACCACCACCCCUCUGUUUCCAUCCGACUGUCAUCCGAUCCACCAGACGUAUGGGGAAUGGAUCUCCUUCUGUCUUUUUAGCAGACAGGAUUGGAUGUCGGCAGUUGUCAAUGGACACAUGUCCCUGUUGACAUCCGCUGCUCCAUAGAAAGCAAUGGAUGGCCGGAUUUCCACUCUCCCCAGUAGGACACAGGCA